GGCCGGUGGCUGUCUCUGCGGCGGCGGCGUUGGCCGGUUGUCGGGCACCAUGAGCGGCUUCAGCAGCGAGGAGCGCGCCACGCCCUUCACCCUCGAGUACCGAGUGUUUCUCAAAAACGAAAAGGGGCAAUAUAUUUCUCCAUUUCAUGAUAUCCCAAUUUAUGCAGAUAAGGACGUGCUCCACAUGGUGGUCGAAGUCCCACGCUGGUCAAAUGCAAAGAUGGAGAUUGCUACAAAGGACCCUCUGAAUCCAAUUAAGCAAGAUGUGAAAAAAGGAAAGCUCCGUUACGUUGCGAAUCUGUUCCCGUACAAAGGGUAUAUCUGGAACUACGGUGCCAUCCCUCAGACAUGGGAAGAUCCAGGACAUAGUGACAAACAUACUGGCUGUUGUGGUGACAAUGACCCAAUUGAUGUUUGUGAAAUCGGAAGUAAGGUAUGUGCAAGAGGGGAAAUAAUCCGGGUGAAGGUUCUCGGCAUCCUGGCCAUGAUUGACGAAGGCGAGACCGACUGGAAAGUCAUUGCCAUCAACGUGGACGACCCUGACGCCGCCAAUUACAAUGAUAUUAAUGAUGUCAAGCGCCUGAAGCCUGGUUACCUAGAAGCUACUGUUGACUGGUUUAGAAGGUACAAGGUUCCUGAUGGGAAACCUGAAAAUGAGUUUGCUUUCAAUGCAGAGUUUAAAGACAAGGCUUUUGCAAUUGAUAUUAUUAAAAGUACUCAUGACUAUUGGAAGGCUUUAGUGACUAAGAAAACGGAUGGAAAAGGAAUCAGUUGCAUGAACACCACGGUGUCGGAGAGCCCCUUCAAGUGCGACCCAGACGCCGCCAGAGCCAUCGUUGAUGCUUUACCACCACCUUGUGAAUCUGCCUGUGCACUGCCAUCAGAUGUGGAUAAAUGGUUCCAUCACCAGAAGAACUGACGGGAGCUGUGUGGCGCGCGGGCGGGCGUCUUAUAUGCGCAUAUAGUGGCUUGGCGCGGCUUCCCGCUGGUGGAGCUCAUCUGCCAGGCUGCGUGCCCCGAGACCGCUCUGUAUGCUCAGAAGGGUACCUCCACAUUUUCCUGUCUCAGCGAAGAACUUGUAGGACAUGCUUCAGUAUCUAAGCAGUUGUGAUUUAGAAGUUGUCUGUGAAUAGAUGUACAAGAUGAGCACAUACUGGAUGUAUAUGUUUACCAUGUGUUAGGAAAUAAAAUUAUUUUGCUGAAA